AUGGGCGGCUCCGUUUUCAGCGCCGAUGGCCUGUACACGCCACGGAUGCCCCCAAAAGUCUACGAGUCGGUUCUCUCCCGUACCCAGGAGCUCCUCAGGGCACACUUCAAGCUCGUCGGCCAUGCCCUCGAAGCACCUGCUAAGACGUCCCACGGAGAUAUCGAUAUCAUUGUGGCAGAGCCGAUGGAUCGAACGGUGACUUCUGAGCAUCGAGUCGGGGAUUUUCUGGCGAAGCUGCUGGGGGCGGAAAAGUGGAAGAAAAUGGCCGGGAAUUCGACGUGUAGUCUUGCGCUAAGAUGGCCCAAGGAAUUCGAAGACCAAUUUGUAACGGAGGGUGACCUGAGCGGAGGUUCACACGGUGGUGAACUUGGGGAAGGAGAAUUGGAUGGUCAUCUAUCCGAUCAAGAGGAGAGAACGAAGACCCCCAUGAAAGAGAACGCCAACCCCAGCCAAACCGCUCCGGAUCGAGCCGCUACCUCUUCCACCACCAUUUACCCUUCCACGUCCUCAUCCUUACCCACGCCCCUUAAUCCGAUAUCGAAGCAUAUCCAAUUGGACAUCACCAUCACGCCUACUCCCGCCUACUUCCACUGGCACAUGUUCUUGCGAGCGCACGGUGACUUCUGGCAAAUGCUUGGGAUGAUCGUCCGUCGAUUCGGCCUUACUCCUGCUUCCAAAGGACUCUGUCUGCGGAUAGCAGAAGUCGAAAAGCAUAACAAGGAACAAGCAAGGGUCCUAAUGACCAGCGAUCCAGAUACAGUCUUGGACUAUUUGGGUUUGGAUAAAGAAAGGUAUUGGCGGAUGUUUGGGAGUCUGGACGAGAUGAUGGACUAUCUGUCAAGUUGUAGGUUUCAUGAUCCGGGUCGCUGGAGAGAUCGGACCAAACAUGUCGAGGAAGGAGAAGAGGCGGAAACCACAGAAGGUUCCGUUACAAGCCGUGCGCUUCUGAAGGCAAAUGACCGUCAGCGUGUUGCCAAACGACCGGUUUUCGCGUACUGGUUUGAAACCUACCUUCCUGCUCACAUCGACGACCCCCCGGGCAAAUCUGCGUUGCUGACGCGAGAAGACGUCGUCGAGGACGCGAAGAAGUCCUUUGGUGCCGAUUUUGCAACCCGAUUUGAAGAGAGGAAGAGAAAAAUGGUCCGCCAGAUCCAGGUGGACAUGCUUUGGGCUCAGAUCAGGAAGAACCUGCCGAUAGAAGGUCCUGAGAUCGGGUAUGUCAUGAAAGGGAUGAAGAGAGAGAUUGUAGGGAAGCGUGAAGAGCAACCCCCGGGGCUCGAGAAGCUUAAAGGAACAGAUGAGGUCAGAAUGGCGUACCAAGCCGGCAGAUUUGACGAGGUCUUGGAGUGGGCAGCGGCCAAGUGGAGCGAGGUCGGACAGAGACAGAAGAAGCUGGAACAAGAAAACAGCCGGGUCCAUCUCUUGGAGAAGGUCAAGCGCGAUGGGCAGCAAGAGAAAGGGAGGAAGAAGGCGACGCAGAAAGAAGUGGCUGCCGGAUAG